CGGAAGUAGGAUUGGAAACGACUCUGUUUUGAUUUUGCAUUCCUUGUGUGGGGUAAAGAAAUACAUACUGACUCUACUAAAUAGACUACCCAACUCUCAUUCGACUGAAAAUGUCUAAACUACAGUUGUUGCGUGUGUUUUUAAAUGAUCGUUUAACGGCGGCUGCUGUGGAGAUUUUCGGUGCAUUUGAGAAAACGGUAGUAGAAUACCAGGAGGAGAAUGAUCGGCUACGGAGACUGCUGCGGAUCACACCAGAGAUACCACAACGUAAAAUAGACUCCCUGCAGCUCUCUGUCUCUGAAGAGGAGGUUCCCCCUGAGCAGCAGCACUGUGAGCAGGUUUGGAGCCCCAGUCUGGGACAGAAGGACCCAGAGCCCAUACAGGUUAAAGAGAAACAGGAGGAACUGAGGAGCAGUCAGGAGGAAGAGCAGCUUCAAGGGCUGGAGCCUGAUAUCAUAGAAUUCAAAUUCACUCCUUCCUCUGUGAAAAGUGAAUGUGAUCAGGAGGACCCAGUUUGGUCCUUGACUCUUCCCCAAACCCAGACUGUGGAGAACAGAGAGAGUGACUGUAAACGAGUGGAUUUCACACCUUUUGGCACUGUGACCCACAUUAAGGGUCUUUACAUUCCCUGUGACCCUCCAGAUAAUCAAAACAAUGCCUCCAGCCACAGUUCAGCUGUAAGCAGUGACACAGUUGGACCUGACUGCAGCCCACCAUUUGACAUCAGCACAACAUUGGAUCCAAACCCACCAAUGGAGGAACACUGUUCCAAACCCAGCACCACAUCUAUAAAAAUUCACCACUGCCGUGACUGUGGUGAAACGUUUCCUCUGAAAGCUGACCUGCAGAGACAUGUGACUUUUGCCAAGAAGAGACUCAGCGAAUGCCACUUAUGCAAAAAACAGUACAACUCCACCUGUAAACUGAAGGCCCAUGUCCGACUCUGUCACGAUGGGAAACCCUGCACCUGCCCCUUUUGUGGCAAGGCCUUCAAACAAAAAGGACAUCUGUCCAGGCACAUGAAUAUUCACACAGGAGAGAAACCAUUUACCUGUGGUGACUGUGGGAAGAGCUUUAUUCAGAAGGGGGACCUAAGGAGGCACAUACUGACUCACACAGGAGAAAAACCAUUUAGCUGUGGUGACUGCGGAAAAGGCUUCAUUCGCAAAGAGCACCUAACUGCACAUAAACGGACUCACACAGGAGAGUAAUCAUUUAUCUGUGGUGACUGCUGGAAAAGCUUUAGUCUCAAGCAGAACCUAACCAUUCACAAACUGACUCACACAAGAGAGUAAUCAUAUGGCUGCUCAGUCUGAGGUAAAAGAUUCAUUCAGAAGGUAAACAUGCUUACCCCUUUGAGAUGUAUCCACAAAGAAAGAAAAUAGGAUGAAAAUACAAAGAAGAAAGACCGUUAGGACAAAGAUCUCCUGUCAGGAGAUGGGAAUAAAAAUGGAGGAUGUGAACAACAUUCUUAGAAAAGCAAAGCUACUCUGGAUCAUUCCUGCUCUGGAUUUCAGAUAAAUAGAUACAUGAUGGAUUUACUUUAGUAAAAUGUUUUGUGUAAAUAAAGUUUGAUUUGAAUUAAAAGUUUAGGAAAUUAAAUAACAGUAGUGCCUGUAUUUUGUUCAACAUCUGUUGAUGUUUUAACGUAAUUAGAAACAGGGAUAUGUUUCGCUCAGGGUGAUGACAGAAUGUUUUGACUGAUGUUAUUGAUUUAUAAAAAAUGCAUACAUUCCAGAAGAGUGGGAGGCCCCGGUGCACAACUGAACAAGAGGACAAGUACGUUAGUGUCUAGUUUGAGAAACAGACUCCUCACAAGCCCUCAACUGGCAGCUUCAUUAAAUAGUACCCACAAAACACCAGUCUCAAUGUCAACAGUGAAGAGGCGACUCCGGGAUGCUGACCUUCUAGGCAGAGUUGCAAAGAAAAAGCCAUAUCUCAGACUGGCCAAUAAAAAAUAAAAGAUUAAGAUGGGCAAAAGAACACAGAAACUGGACAUAGUCUGAAUACCUCUCGUAUUGCCAACCUUACUACAAUGGCAGCAAAUAUUCUUGUGAAUUCAACAACACAUAAUGAAAGGAAACUUUAUUUAUAUCACCCCUUUUCCUGAAGUGAAUGGUUUCACCCACUACUCUACCCGCGAACUGCGGCAUUCUUUGAUAUCUACAUUGCACACGAGGUUGAUGGAAACUCUACAUUUUCACUUUUUCACACUGGCAUGUCAUGCCUAAGUUUUCUAAUCUUGCCAAUUAAAAUAUAAUUAAAGUAAUUGGCAAUAUCAGUGGGUUAUGUGAUGAAUGAGCCAUCUGAUUCAAUGAAUGAUGGAACUGAGUUUGCCUUUUUGCCCAAAAUUUCAUUUAAGGUGCUCCAAAGCUUUUUACUAUAAUUCUUGAAAUCAUUCUUUAUGUAAUUUAUCUUUGUUUCAUAGUGUAGUUUCUUAUUCUUUUAAUUAAGUUUGGUCACAUGAUUUCUCAAUAUGCAAUACGUUUGCCAGUCGGUUGUGAAGCCAGACUUAUGUGCCAUUCCUUUUGCCUCAUCCCUCUCAACCAUAACAUUUUUCAAUUCUUCAUCAAUCCAAGGGGAUUUAACCGUUUUUACAGUCAUUUUCUUAAUGGAUGCACGCUUAUUAGCAACUGGAAAAAGCAAUUUCAUAAACGUGUCAAGUGCAGCGUGAGGACUGCAGAUGUCACCAGGGCAAUAAAUUGCAAUAUCCAUACUGUGAGACGCCUAAGUGAUAGAAUAAUUUGUAUGUUUAAGAUAAUGACUAAAGUAUUCCACCCUGAAACCAUAUAAUUGUAUGAAAUGUGUUAGAGUCAUAAUCCAAUAAUGUGUGUACUGUAAUGUCCGUACUGUGAGACACCUAAGACAGCAGAUGGAGACAACUUCCUCGGCACGCAAGUUCCAGGUAGCACAGGCCUUUUGGAUGGGGACAGAUGACAAGGCGGGGAAACAUCCAUCAGGCCCGAGCGGCUUCCAGCCACAGGAGUUAAGAACAAGACAUUUCAAGUUUUCCCCGUAAAUUCGUGCAGAAUUGAAAUUUGCUUGCACAUUUUACUCCCCCCUGGCUGGAGCGCAUAGGCUUCUCUAGGCUUUCUGCAGUUGUGGUUGUUAUCAGUAGGCUACAGUUGAUCAGACUGAAGCACAGAUUAAUUGUGCACGAGUGAACAAACCAUGAGGCAAAUCAGUCUAAACAAUAGCUUUUGUGUCAAUAUUUAUUUUUAAACUGAAUCAAAAGUGUUGGGGCAUAUGCCAGCCUGCCACACGUUUGCCAGCAGCCUUGCUUACCAUCUCAACAAAAGAUAUCUUGUGUCCUACCUAACCAGUGAACGUGUGGCUGUGACUGUCCUGUCAAUGCCUGUCAUCACUGUUUGAUAUCUUUUACUGCAGGUAUGCUUUUCUGUAUUUUUGUUAUUUUCGAAACACAACGCAUGUAUACUAUACAAUCACUUUGUAGUUUGAGUCUGAGAGAGAUAUUCUGAGAGCAGUGAACGUGUGGCUGUGACCGUCCUGUCAAUGCCUGUCAUCACUGUUUGAUGUAUUUUACUGCAGAUAAAAACCGAGUCAACCUGAA